GACACAGACAGGCGACAUUAGCAGACAACGGUUCCAAGAGGAAUGUUGUGGCACUGUGUGAUUCAAUUCUUGUUCUUCUUUAAUUAAAAUCUUACAACUGGUAGGGUUGAUAUUGCGCCUUUUGUCUCAUAGAUUAGGUUUUCGAUUAACUACCUUAUUUGAAAGUGUUUUUCUCGCUUCAAAGGAAACCAUUAUUUGUGUCCGGGAUUUUCGUCUUUAGACAUCUUUAAGGUUCUACGAUGGAUCUCCACACAUGUAUUUUGAUCGUGACUGCGCUGCUGUUUUCCUGUUUUACCGACGCCUUUCGUAUCCGAAGAUCUGGUGUGGCCGGCUAUGACGACCCGUACGGUCUGACAAACGCAUUUGAGGAAAUUGAACGACCAACACGAAACGGUUAUGAGUCUCUUCUUCGAGCGAAAGUUCUAGAAGAGGACGACCCUUACUUUAAUCCCAAUGAAGAUAAUUUAAGACGUAUGAAUGUCGAGCCAUUGGUUGAAGACACCUACAAUUACGUUUCACCUUACGAGUAUGGUAAAUCAUUCCCGCAGUUUUCAUCACUUGAGCAAAUUCCAGAUCCUUAUGAAGGACUGAAUGGCAGAAUGUUUGGUCCUCAGAAAAGAACAGUCCAUAAUCCUAGGAGAGUUGUACCGACUUUACAAGAGCUUCAGACAAUUUUCGGAGGUGCAGAUGUGCCGAUGAAACGAUUACCAAUUAAACGACAAGAACCAGCGAAAGAUACAAAAAGUGAAUCUAAAGCUACCGAGCCCAAGCUUUCGGAAAAAUCGCAGUUCGACAAAGAGAAUAGGGAAGAAGCAUUUCGUAAGCUCUUAAGCGUUGCACAGAAUCUGAAACCGGCAGGGGAAACAAACGAACAAGCUCAUUCUGAAAAUGAGGAGAAAGCUGUAACCGUGAAACAAUCAAAAACGACCGUAAUAGAGAGCAAGACACACGAGAAACUUACUGAACAUGACACUAAUGAAAGCAGUCAAAAAGUGGAACUUAUAGAUUCAGAUGACUCGCUUAACAGUAAAUCAAAACGAGCUUCUGAGAUUAAUCUCCCGCCUAAGUUAGUGGCCGAGCUACUGGAGCAAAUAAAUAUUCUAAAAGAGAAAGUCUCCAAGCUCGAAGUUCUGCAGAUGUUGGAGGAACGCGAGAAUGAUUAUCUUGCCAACGCUCUGAAAUUUGCCACUCUAGAUCAGAUAGAAGGUCGCGAUGAUUUCGUCAACAAAGAGUUCGACGAUAUCAAUAAAGCCACAGAGACGGAAGCUAUGAUUCAAAGUCUAACAGAAGACAAGCCCGACGAAGUUGACGGUGACGACGUAAAAUUGGAGUCACAGCCACAAACAGACAUCAGUAACAUAGUAUUACCAGAACUCGAGCAGAAGAGGACCCCUGAGGUUGAGGUGGGGCAGGGUUUGUCCGUGCAAGACACGUGGUUAGAGGAACCCGUGCAAGAACACGUGAGCGAUGGUGCAAUGCUCGAGGCAGAACAUGCCGCUGCAAACGAUGAACUCGCAACUAAAGAUAUGCCAGGAGGAAUUGCCCUAGAAGUUCCUGUUGUAGCCGAUAACCCGCUCAAUGAUUCUCCAAUCGUCGAGCGGAAGUUGCUGCGCGAGCUGUUAGGAAGUCUGUCGCCGUCUACCAUUCACAAUAUCAUUAAAGACCUCGGGAAAGAGGCGCUUACAGGAGUGUGCCCAGCAGUUGAUGAAGUGUCGGAAAAAUGUGCCUUUGUCGACGCCGGCAACAUACCGCUAGACGAGGAAGCACAAAACCUCUGCAUUCGACACCAAGUGUGCUACACUUGUGGGUCGGCGUUAGGAAUUCCAAAGAGCAAUUGUGAUGAUGGCUACAAGGGAACCGUGAUCGAAGAGUGUGAAGGGGACACUUCCUGUCUACGCGACGCCGCCUACUUCCUGCAGCUAAUGGCGCAGGCGCAUGUGUAUAAGGCACACAGUCCUGAAGCAUGCGCAUCGAGCUGCGUGCGAGACUUCAUUGUAGGAAUCGAUGAGUAGACAUACAAAAAUGCAUACUUUUCCACUGUUCAGAUAUGCCUUCUGAACAGUUUGCUUGAUUAUGAGGUUUUGUGAAAACUGUGAGCAUUUCCAAGAGUUGUACACGUGAUAUGAGUUCAUGUAACCAGCAUUUAUGAAAUCAUUAGAGAUAUGUGUAAAUGGAUAUAUAUGAUUGUGAUAAAAGAUCAUAACAUAGUUUAAUCAAUAAAUACGUUAUCAUUGAUAUUCUCUGCAUCUGCUGUUAAGCCUCCGUUCGUUUGUACUGGAACUAUAAGAACAAAUAGAUUAUUGGCAUCACAAAAUUUAUGCACAGAUGUGUCUGCUACAGUCCCUUUAGCAAACAUGUAAACGCGUUGUCCUCAUUUAGACAGAGUUCAUUAAUCUGAAGCCGUAGUUAAGGUGGACAAGCGUGACUUUACGGUACACGGGUAGACCCGAGCUACAAUUUAUUUAUUUGGUUUUUCCCAACAUCAAAGUAUGUGCAUUGUAAGAAUCUCUCACGUUUACGUGUGUUUGUUAUUCAUAUAUGUUUUGCUGUAAUAAUAACAAGAGAUGUUCCAAUCUGCAUAUAUGAACAAUCAUUAUGUUGCCAUGUUCAAUAUUCCCUCAAAACGUGAAGCAUUCGUUAAAGUAUAAAGGCAGUCAAAGUUAAUUUGUUGUUAAAGAGAAUUACAAUAAUAUAUGUGAUUAAAUAAUAUUUCCUGA